GAGAAAAGAGAGACUGACUUUUUAUCAAAAUACUCUCUACCUGUGAAGGACUUCCUGAGCAAGGCAUCAACACAACUCUCCAGUUUUCUAUCGGAUUACAAAAACAUCUGAUUUCUCUCUCCAAACAAGAUUUACCAUGAACCUCUUCCUGUUGACUAUGGCGACGCUACUCCUGGUGGUGGGAGAGGGAACUGCAGAAAGAAUCCUGUCAAGAAGGACCAAAAGGGAGCUUGCCAGUCCACUCCAUGUAGGUGGCAUCAGGGACCCCUAUGGCUCAUAUUGCCAGAGGAGAGGAGGCUGCUGCCCAGGUAGGGACGACCUGUGCACAGUGCCCUACCUGGACACCAUCUGCUACUGUGACCUGUUCUGCAACCGCACUGUCUCUGACUGCUGCCCAGACUUCUGGAGUCAAUGUCUCGGCGUGGAGCCACCUUUCAUUGGCACCUGCGAAAGAAAUGGAAACAAGUUCUUUACGGGGCAAACAUACAAAGAGAACUGCAAUUUAUGCACAUGUGGGGUCACAGGACGCUGGGAGUGUGAGCAGCAUGCCUGUCUGAUGGAGCCUGACAUGAUCCAUGCUGUCAACAGAGGAAACUAUGGGUGGAAAGCAUCUAACUACAGUCAGCUCUAUGGCAUGACUCUGGACGAGGGUAUCCGCUACCGCCUGGGAACUCAGAGACCCUCCAGGACUAUUAUGAACAUGAAUGAGAUCCAGAUGAACAUGGAUCCUCAGACAGAUCGUCUGCCGCUCUAUUUCAACUCCUUAGAGAAAUGGCCUGGGAAGAUUCACGAACCACUUGACCAGGGAAACUGUGCAGCCUCCUGGGCUUUCUCAACUGCAUCUGUGGCGUCAGACAGAAUCUCCAUCCAGUCAAUGGGUCACAUGACUCCUCAGUUGUCGCCACAGAACCUCAUUUCUUGUGACACAAGAAACCAGGGAGGUUGUGCCGGUGGACGCAUCGAUGGGGCCUGGUGGUACCUCCGACGUAGAGGAGUGGUGACAGAAGACUGUUACCCAUACGUGCCUCCACAGCAAACACCAGCAGAAAUUGGCCGUUGUAUGAUGCAGAGUCGUUCAGUCGGCCGGGGGAAGAGGCAGGCCACGCAGCGCUGCCCCAACACACACAACUACCACAAUGACAUCUACCAGUCAACACCACCCUACAGGCUCUCAUCCAAUGACAAGGAGAUUAUGAAGGAGAUUAUGGAUAAUGGCCCUGUGCAAGCUAUUAUGGAGGUCCACGAGGACUUCUUUGUCUAUAAGAGUGGGAUCUACAAACACACUGACGUCAGCUUCACCAAACCUUCACAAUACCGCAAACAUGGCACACACUCAGUCAGGAUCACUGGGUGGGGAGAGGAGAGACACUAUGAUGGGACAUCAAAAAAAUAUUGGAUUGCUGCCAACUCCUGGGGAAAGAACUGGGGAGAGAAUGGCUACUUCCGUAUUGCUCGCGGGGACAAUGAGUGUGAGAUUGAAACGUUUGUGAUCGGCGUGUGGGGCAGGAUCACGAUGGAGGACAUGCACAACCAUCAUCACCACCAUCGUCGUCGACACAUUUAGAGACAUCUUUGUUUUUAUCCCAUUGUAGAGUUGGUUGUUACCCCAGAGGAGAACCAUACCAAGAGAACUUUUUAACAUCCCCAUGUACACCAAGCUGGCAGGGAGAGCCACAAAAUCAAACCCAGGGCCCCUUUGACCUCUUGUUUUACACCCUACUUUACUCUGAGGAUCAAUACAACCCCUCUUCUCCACCCUCUUUACCCUUUUAAUAGAACUACUCUCCCUGCUCCCUCUGUAACUCAAGGUUUAUGGCACCAAAAAACAAAGAAAAACUAAGCUUAGCUAAAUCUCGUUUAUGUUGCCGUGCCUGGCAUCAAGAUGCCACAUGAGGCACCUCAGGUACCUACUGUUCCAAAGACCACACUUCCCAUAAUCCUCAUCAUAACAUCUGGUGAAAUACGUUUAUGUCAAGUUAGGUGAUGACAGAAGGAGAGACCUAAUCUGAUCUUUCAUAUUCUUCUUUGUGCUUCCUUGUCAACUUGAACCAUAAGCCUUUUCUAGCUCUAAAUCUAUAAUCCAGACGGACAGAAAAGACGAAAUCUGAGAGCCAGAUUAUCAGACAUCAGACAGGGACAUUUCCCUUUGAGAAAGACACACCCAGGUCAACUGUGUAAGAUGAUGAUGUAUCAUUGAUGACCUUUUUGACAUUUACCUGUCAGCUAUACACUUGCACAGCUCGCCUCAUUCCCUCAGUUUUAGAGAGGACCCUUGCAUGGAGAUAGUAGCUGCAGGCAGUCGAGUUUCUCACACAUUCCAGUGACAUAGAAUCUGACUCUGGAAGCAAGAGAUUUGGUGCAGAGUAUUCAAUUACAAACAACUUUGGGAUUUUAGGAGUACUUACAACACCACUGAUCCUGACCAAUCAUCUAAAAGCAGUAUAAUUUAACAAUGAAAGAGGCUAAAUAUUUGCCCUCCAACUACAUGUUCAGACUGGGAAGGACAGCAUCAGAAGAUGGGAUAUUAUAAAUUUGAAGAGCCAUUACCUUACCAAUCAAACGUGUCAUUUGCUUUUGGCUACAGGUGAAAUUAUUACUUUCAUUCUUGUGAGAUGAUAAAAAGUUGUCACGAUGACUUAUUUAGAAAAAUAUCCCAUUUAAAAUAAAAAGAUUGUAAUGCCUUAAAGAAGCAGAGUUGUUUUGACCACCGCAAAAGAAAGAUAGUGUUUGUGUAUAAUAGUCUUAAUUUGCUCUGUUCUAUGUACUGAGUACUGUUCUGAGUCAUAUUUUAAAGUUUUAUUUUAAUACUUGUUUUAAGAUGUAUUGUAUGUAGUAACUUUCAUAACACACUCAUCACUUGGUUGCUUCUCUGUUUGUGCUUCUACAUAGUUGACCACAGCAAAGAGGAUGGGGGGAGAGGAGGGGGGCAAAUACUGCUGCUAAAGUCCAGUCUGUGCUAGUUUGAUUCAUUUUAUGUGUAAUAAACAUGUAAAAACACUUCUAACAAAUACUGAAACACCGGCUCAAGACACACUGGUUGCAGAUGCAAUGUGUGUCUUAUUUUUACAUUUUUUACUGUAUUUUGCUGGAACACUUAACAUGUUAUCAGCUGUGUGCCUUGCUUUGCUACAGCAUCACAGCACUUUCUGAUGUCUUUAAUUCAAUUGAUUGCAGGCUGAUUGAGGGAUUUUCAGAUCAUUUUUGAGCACAGCCUUACUUGAAAAGGAAAGUAAAGUAUAUUAUUACCACUUGCCUUAAAUUAUAUCCCGAUGUGCUUCAACUGUAACUUCAAAAGACAUUUCCCAUUUGUAUAUCAUCAUGUCUCUUGAUCUUGAAGUCCUUCUGUGGUCUCCUUCAGGCAUGGACAGGCAGAUAGACAUAAAAGCAAAAAUAAAUGGAUGGACAGGCAAUGUGCAAUGUGGUAGAGGUGCUAUGGAUAGAUAAGCAGUUACUGUUAUCUUUCUCCUUCACUUUAGGGAAUCUUUGCUUUCAUUUUCAAUCGAGCGAGGGUAAAGAAAGAUCAAGAGAAGCCUAUCAGCAUGCAUGUCAGGUUCAAAAUGAAUGACAGUACACCGAGAACAAUGUGAAACUGAGCUCCUUGCCCUGAAAAGAAAGUGAUUAUUUCAAACGUCUGUAGCAGAAAAAGGGAAAUUCUUCACCUCCAUAUUUUCUUCAGCAGACAAUUUGAGAGAAAAAGAUCAAUGGACAAAAUCUUAGUUACUAGAUUGAUUUACAUUCUCAUGUUGCACUCAUUUUAAGUGCACACAUUUGUUUCAUUUGUUUCCUAACAAUUUGCACAUAUUUUCAAGUGAAGUUGAGCCUUUAAUAUUCAUCCAAACAAUACAAUUUAUAAGGUAUUUGAUGUCUUCCCUGUUCAAGAGUAUCCCCAACAUGAGUUCUGUGUAUGUUGGACAAACCAGGGUCCUGAUCCUUAAAUGUAUCGUAGGGCUAAGAUGAUAGAAGCUGCACACAGUUCAAAAGCAAGUUUUGUUAUGCAUAAAGUUGUGGCAUAUGACCAAAGCUGGAAUACUUUUCUUAUUUUCGAUGUCCAUUUCUUUUGGCUUACAGUAGUAU